GAGCGCCAAAGGUAAACAGCAGACAACAAGUUGAGUUUUAAAGUGGUGGUAUCAUCUCACUUCAAGAUUCUUUUACUGAGAGCUGCGAACAUCACGGAAACAACAGACACCUUUUUGAAGUACAGCACAUCUCGACAAGACAAAGGCGAGCCUACAAAUAUGCUACUGGUCUAUUCAUGUAUUUUAACAUUCAAUUUUCAAUACAUCAACAAAACAUGAAUAAUCCCACACCAGAUUUUGGCUAAUUUUUUUGGUUUUUGAUUUUGGCUGCAACGAUGAAUAACACUACAUUUGGUCAAGGAUGGAUUCCAUUUGAUAUGUUUAAAGCUAUCAAAAUUAGUGAGGGAUGUGUAGUAACUGCAGCCAACGCCAUCGCGAUUAUUGUGCUACUCCGCAAGUCUUUCCGGACCAAAACUUCGACCUUCUUCGUACUGAGUAUGACAUUGGCAGACUUGCAGGUCGGUAUCGCGGGAAUUUUGUAUUACUUAGACAUUGUUAACAGUUUUUGGCUUGAUGUUACCUUACCAGCGUCCCUUCUCUCAUUAACUGGUGUUGCAGUAGAGAGGGCAUAUGCGGUGUUCUUUCCGUUCAAGCAUCGCUCGUCUCGAACCAGGACCUACGUCAUAUGGAUCGCCUUAUUGUGGACAUGGUCAUUAGCUUCGCUGUUUCUGCGUGUACUCAAAUCCUUCAAUUUUUACAGAAUACCUGUAUUCACAGUAUGUUCAGCCGUCAUAAUUAUUUGCUACGUCUCUAUUUGGAUCAAGAUGAAAUUCGGGAAAACUUUUGAUAACGAGCGAGCCUCAAGGAACAACGCCAAGCUCGCCAAGACACUGAGCAUUGUCGCCUCAACAACGUUCGUUUGUUAUCUUCCUUAUGUAAUAUCUUUGGCAAUUGACGUGAGCGGAAUAUCCUCGUGCGUUCUCCCCCUCAUUAUUAAUGUUUUCCAAAUGUUGCUUUUGAGCAACUCGUUCUGGAAUGUUCUGGUAUAUUCCAUACGCAUGCCGGAGUUCAGGAAGGAACUUCGUGACAUCGUUAGACAGUGUGCAAUCUGUAGACGAAUCAGACUUUAUCAACAUGACAGGUCACGUGAUACACCUACACAGAGAGACAAUAUGUCACGUGAUAAUCCCGUCAACGUUCUUGGUGACCUGGCGUCACGUGAUAAAUCUACAGAGAGAAGCAAUAUGUCACGUGAUAAUCCUGUCAACGUUCUUGAUGACCUGGCGUCGCGUGACACAUCUGCAGAAAUAGGCAAUAUGUCACGUGAAAAUCCUGCCUGCGUGCUUGGUGACCUGGCGUCACGUGAUCAUUCUACAAAAAGAGGCAAUGUGUCACGUGAUAGCCCUGCCUGUGUGCUUGGUGACCUGGCGUCACGUGAUCAUUCUGCAGAGAGAGGCAAUAAGUCACGUGAUAAUCCUGUCAUCGUAAGUAGUCAGCUGGCGUCACGUGACACUGUUAUUUGCGACCAGGAAUCACGUGAUCAGCCUAAUGCUCAGACUACAGAGCAAGUUUCUGGGUGCGGUUCUAUUUGUGUUGGUAAUCAACUGCCGCAGAUGACUAUGACAUUACUUACUGACAAUUGA